UGAACAUAAUUGCCCUUGAAAUUACCACUCACAUCUUAGCCCUCUCGUUUUGGCCUUCAGUCCCAAAUGGAACGAGCGGGUGAAAAUAUGUCAGGUCCGUUUCCAAAGACUGUCCGCGAUCUGUCAGAUGUUUCGACGGUGCACGGGUUACGCUACGUUCUCAACGGGAAGGCUUGUUAUUUGGACCGCUUGCUGUGGACCUUGAUCUGUGUGACCGCCACGGGAAUUGGCCUUUUUAUGUCAGCCCAGCUUUGGCUCCACUGGCAAUCCAACCCUGUGGUAACAACCAUUGCCACGGCCUCCUUGCCCAUCACUAACUUGGAUUUCCCGGCCAUCACAUUGUGUAGUCCCGGCAAUGACAUUGAGUCGUUGACCAAACUGCCUCUGAUUUUGGAUGGAUUUUGGACCGAGUUUUGGAACAACUCAGAGCACGAAAUGGCCUUUGAAGACAUGGAUCGGACUUCUCAGGGUUUGGUUCUCACGGAGUUUAUGAUCCAAAUGGUCCCGGGUUGGCCUUUGGAGCUAACAUUGGAGGAGUUUUUACUUCACAUGACCACUGAUCAUGAUGCGUUGAUCAAGACCUUCAUCAUCGCCAAAUACUUAAAUGAUCCACUUGACAAACGGCCAGCCUUCGAUAUCUUGUUGAAUCCUGCUCGGGCGAAUGAAAUGGAACAAGUCCAAUCCGAUAUUAAGGAAAAAGUAAAGCAACUUUUUUCCGCCAUGGACUUUGUAUCUGAGCAAGUGCAUGAAAUCCUUUUAGGAGUGCUGUGGUUUACUGGCCUGCCUUGUGAGAAGCUUCUUCAGACUUGCGUUUGGAAAGGUCGCAAGAUCCCGUGUUCCCUUUUGUUCCAUCUAAUUCCCACUGAUAUUGGAUUUUGUUGUUCUUUCAAUCAUGACCCAUUGGUGGUAAUGCUUAAGAACUCGUCGUUUGCCAAUAUCUUGCAAAGAAUCGAGAACAAGUACCAGGAUCUGGGACCCGGGGCUCAAAUUCGCCAUCAGAAACGGUAUAUCAAUUACUCAUUUUCGCCUCAGGCCGGGAAGCACAAUGGACUCCUCGUGGUUUUGGACAUGAAGUCCCAUGACUUGACGUCCACCUCGGUCAUGGAAGAUUUCUUGGGGAUCCACGCCUCUGUCACACCCAAAAACCAGUUUCCCAUGAUGAACAGCAACAGCUUCCUGGUCUCGCCAGGGAUGGAGACUCAAGUGGAGAUUACCGGGAAAAAAAUAUCUGCAACGGCCACCCUGAGGAACACAUUGGAUCCGACUGAAAGGAACUGCUUCUUCACUGACGAGUACCCACUUCAGUUGUUCUCGAAUUACACCAUGACCAAUUGUUGGAUGGAGUGUCUUAUGAACUUGAGUAAGAAAGCUUUAAGACAACAUGAGACGUGCAUUCCCUGGAAUUUCCCAACCAAGAUCGAACCUCCCUGCAAGCCCAUUUCCCAUCAGCUGUUUCUCGAGGAAUUCAAUUAUUUGGACAUGAAUAAGAUUAUUGGAACCGAGGUCUGCCGUCCAAAUUGUGGUGGAACCGAAUAUACAACCUCAAUUUCCUCUGCUCCAUUUCGACCUUGCACUCAUGCCAAUUUCGGCCUUACUCGAUUCUGUACUUUGGAGCGAUAUGGAGCCAAGCCUCAGAAAUGGGCCGACAACGUCUUGGAGCAAUACCAAGAAUGGCUGGAAGGUCGGGAUAUGCCUGACUAUCUAUUGGAUUUGCAGUCCCCACAAAGAACGACAAAACAAGAUUUCAUUUUCCAUUCGGAGGCGCAAACCCGGGAAUUUCCCGGCAAUUAUAACGCCUUUGAUCGUGAUAUCGCUGUGAUUAAUUUCUUUUUCAGUCACCCUGUCGCCAUUGAGUUGAUCAGUGCUCCAAGCAUGACAUGGGCCCAGUAUGUGUCGAGUGUGGGCGGGUUAUUGGGCUUGUUCAUCGGAUUCAGUGUCAUUUCUGGCAUUGAGAUUCUGUACUGGUUUACCAUUGGAUAUGCGGAGAAUGUUCACGCUGACAAAAGAAUCCGAAAGAUAUCUGUGGAAUCGUCCAAGUCACAAUCAACUCAAAACACUUCAUUUUCGGCAUUUGUGGGAUAGAGUAUGAUUUAAUGUAACGGCAGGUACACAAUGAUUGUUACGAUUUGAUGAAUGCUAAAGAUUUGAAAAAAAAUUGGUCAUUAUGUUGCAAUACAAAUAAUUGUGCACCUUGAUGAGCUAAAUCGAAGUUGUAAAGUAUACAUUCAGAAGGGUCCUUUGUAAUAAGUAGGUUUUUAGGUGUCCCUCUAACAAUG